ACGAGUGACUUUCGGCACGUGGGUAAGAUGCUCUUUCAGUGAACUUUAGAAAGCUACUUGGAGCUAUGGAAGGACAUUCAACUCCGUUUAAAAGAGAUAUUGACAAAGAUAAUCAAAUUGAAACACUAGAGCUGUAAAACGUUCAUACCUCCGGGGGUUAUGUUAUGUAUGUUGUGUUAUAUGUCUUUACGAUAUCUAAUGAUAGUAUAAAGUAGCAACUGCCAAGCUAGGGUUAAAGGACACCUCAUUUUUUGUUUGCUUUACAAGAACCCUUUGUGCCUCAGAACAGCACUUUGCAGCCUCAGAAGACGGAGCUACUAAAGAGAGUUGCUCUGCUAAUGAAGGGUAAAAUGGACCUCUCGAAUCUACUGUGCCAAGCGCCCAGUCAGAAUUCAAAAAGGAAUGGACAAAAUGACCAUAAAUUUGACAAGCAGGCAGAAGACGUCUUUCAGCUUCUUGCUGCGGUCAUCGAAAAGGGAGAAUUAAAGGCCAUCAUGGACAUGUACACAGACGAGACGGGUUUUAAUUGCCAAGAAUUUCUACAAGAUUUGAAGAAAGUGGAAGAUUGCCAUAAAAAAUCAAGACCACCUUCUAGAAGCAACAAAGUCUCAGCGCAGUCACUGGGAUUUUUCAUUGACAUUCCUGAGGAUCAAGUGUAUUCUUCCCCGAGCUCGAAGCUCUCCAUCAGACGAAGCCGAAAGCCAUUCAGUAUUUCUUACGAAGCCUUAGUUUGGAUAGUAUUUACGAUCGUGACGACACUGUGCGUGGUUGAUCGAUUUGUUCUGAAAGGUGACGUGGUGCUUGGACGAGCAGCAAAAUUCCCCAAGCGUCUUUGGGGUACAAACAUUGGUGAGACAAUCACUAAUGUCGUGUGGGGUGUCACAGCACGUAUGAUCAUUACCUCUCAGAACUUGAUGUUUUACACGAUGCUGUGGUGCUUUCCAAACUUCAUCAGCGAGAUCGCUCCAAACUGGAUUACACUGGACGGAAUCCGUGCUGUUCAUUCAAGAAUUCACACGUUCGCUGGAGUAUUCUUGAUGGCUAUACCAUCUCUGGCCCAUGUACUGGUGAUUUUCGUUCCACCCCUUAUUGACGGCACAAACCUGAAGUAUUAUCCACCGAGCACGUUCAACUAUAGCAAGUAUCCAGACCACCUGAACUGGUCGGAAUUCUGGGAUCCUGCAGCUGUUCAGGGCUGGACAUUUAACGACCACACAGGCGUUCAUCUGACGGCUGACGAGAUCUACCGUUUCAUGAUCAUAAUUGUCAUAUUCUGCAUCUUUGUUCCUCUGAGCAGAUCGCAUUACGCAAACCAUGGAAGCUAUUCUUUGGCAAUGGCCUUGCACAUCUNGUCUAUCACAAAUGCCGUUCUCUGA